AUAUAGCUGGAAUAUUGCUGAGUGCGGCGUUAAACAACAAACCAACCAACCAACCAAUCGACUGUGAAUUCCGCUAUUCGUGAAUCACCACAGACAAGAGUAAAUAACGUGAAUCACAUAAACUACAGUUACUAUCUGCGUUGUGGGGACACAGAUCAAGACUAUUUCUGCUGAAUGGAUAUGCAUCAUGAAGACACGAGCAAUGAUGUCUCUUCUUUUAUUUUAGACUCGGAGACGUACGUCGCAAUAACAUCUACCUGCGAGGCACGUGACGAGUUGGUCAUGGCAGCACGCCGAAAGUCCCAUGAGGUUUAUAUAUGGAUGCCCACACAGUUUCUGAAGAUCGGACACGUGUCUCUCAAGUUGAGUGAUGGCACUUACAUAAGUUGGUGGCCAAGACAUGAGAAAGAGCUUAAAGAUGCAAAGAUUCAUCAAGCUACGAAUGGAAUAGAAACCACCAAUGGCACUGAUCUGGAUGAUGACAUUCAGACUAUGGGGUAUGAGUAUGACGUGGAAUUCACAAUACCAUCCAAAGUGUUACAUCUCAAGAAAAUGAAGAAUUCCUGGUCAUCUAUUCUUCUGAAGUGUCAGUUUGAUCCAAUGAAAGAAAACUGCUGUUGGGUCGUUUACAACGUGUUGCAUGCUGGGGGUGCUAUAUCUGCAGAUGUACGGUCGCCAUGGCGACCAUGGAUGAUACGUCAGUAUGUGUCGAGCUUAGUAGGGGGAUCGUGAAUUCAUCAGAUGACAACUACAAAACGCCGUUGCACCACCUGCUGUUCUGGAUGUGUGUUGAUUUUUACCUUCGUGUAUGAACAUGGAAAGAUCCAAUGUGGACAUUAUUUGACAGUUAGAUUUCAUUGACGAGUUGUCAACAUCGGUCACUAUACUAAUGCCGUCAUAGAUACGACGUCAUAGCUAAAUCUGUAUUGGAGGCAACAUCCCCAUGAAUAUCUUUAUUUCUAUGCUUGAGGCAAAAAGAAAUCAGCCAGUUCCACAAAACAUUCAUUUUCUUCACUGUGAAAGGAGGACCGAAAGACAUUUUCCUGAACCCUGAUCCUGCAACACAUUAUGAAAAUUAUGUCCACUAAACAAAUUAUUUUUUAGCAUUUUCCGGCCAGGUUAUUUAAAAAGAACCGCCCCCACUCCCUCUCCCUUCCGAAUGUCAAAUUGUUGACCUCUAAAUGAGGCCAGGGCACGUGAUGUAACCGGCCAAUGUAUUUUUUAGUUUCACAUCCUUGUAUAUGAAAGAACGAUCGUGUUUUAUUUCUGUAAAUAUUUGUUUAAUACAAUGAAUUAAGACGUCAAUAGAAGAUCAGAGCAACAUGUUAUUAUGUAUUGUUAAGGAACGCAUAAGAUCAGCCUAUAGGAUUCAGUCAUCUUCAUAUCUUAGGAUUAUGUGUGUACAGCCUUUUCCUGUUUGAAACCGGACACUGUUGAGUUGAUCAAAUAAGGUAAAUGGAAGUUUAUGGAUUAUCAUGUUGAAAUAACGAGAUAAACAAAUAAAUGUGCAUUCUUAACUGUUUAUGGUAUAUAAUUCAAACACCAGCGCAAGAGAAUAAUCAGUUUUAAAACUCUGCCGAAAUAAAUAUAAAAGGCAGAGUAGUGAUGAUCAUUAUGCGCAUGGAUCACUCAACAUCAGUGAUGAUAUCAGUUAUUUGCGAAAAGGGUAUGCAUGUUUUCUUCUACCGUAUAUCAAACACCAGCUAUUUUCAUUAUAAAAGUAAAAGCCAUGUAAAGGUCAUAGUAUUUGGUAUCAUCGCGCAUCAUUUUGACAAGCGACGUGUCAUAUGUGGUAAAUUUCUCUUAAUUGCCAUGCAACUCAUUGGAAAGCUAAGUUGUAAGCAGCAUGCGUUGUUUCAAGAAAUGUGUAUAGAAUAUAUAUGUUGUGAGGUACAACAUGUAUGGAAACUAAAAGCUUCAUGUUCAUAUCUACAUUCUGAAAAUGCGAUACCAAAUAUAUAAUAUAUGAAAAAACAGUAUCGCAUUUGUUUCGAAUCUGGAAUUUCUUGACAUUGAUGGUCCUUUUCGCAGUGGGUCGAUAAAUCCUGGUUAGGGUAGUGAUACUAAAGACAUGAUGCAUUCUGCCUUUUGCUCCCCCACCCCCACCUCGGCAGAUUUUUUGGUGUUAUGGUAUACACUUUAUAUGCAGUUGUUGAUGUUGAAAGCGAUUCACAUUGUAAAUAUAUGCACACGUUUUAAAAUAUUGGCCAAGAUUACCAUGUACACCAACAAUAAUUAUUUCUGUACAUCUACUAUUCACACGGAUUUGUACCACAUGUCUAUGGCCUUUCAGUUUUCUAAA